UUUUCGGCCCUCUGCGGUCAAAGUUAAAUAGGUUGUAGCGGUUUCUUUGAAAAUUGAUCAUCUUUUGUAGAUUCCCAACUUAAAAUUGUAUUUACUGCUAUGGCAGGAGAAAAUAAGGAAAAUGUUGACGUCGAUACUGAAGCAGAAAUGGAAGAAUUUGCAAUGCAUUUCGAGGCAAAUCGUUUGGAUUCAUUUAAAGACUGGCCAUUCCAAGAAGAUUGUUCAUGUGUUCCACAAAAGCUUGCUGAAGCGGGAUUCUAUCACAUACCUAGUGAGCAAGAACCAGAUGCUGUCAGAUGUUUUAUGUGUCAAAAGGAGCUUGAUGGUUGGGAACCAGAUGAUGAUCCAAUGAGUGAGCAUCGAAAGCAUGCACCCAAGUGUUAUUUCCUUAAGCACUGGAAACCAGAAGAAGAGUACACUGUGGCUGACUUUGUUAAGAGCAUAUCAGAACGCCAACAAGCAAAAAUGAAACGUCUGCUAGAGACAAAGACAAAAGAAUUCCAGAAACAAGCUGCAGAAGUCCGGAAACAGAUGGAACUACUAAAAUGAAAUGCAACAGAGGCUCCUUUACAUUUCAAAGUGAAUGUUUUGCUUCAUAUUACACAAAUACAUGUAUACCAGGCUCUGAGAAAGUAUAGUGGGGAAUAAUUAGUGUGAGGUUGGACUGGCAAGUACUAUUUUUUUCCAAGAAAAUAUAGUAAUAUUGUCAAUCCAACAGAGGAUGAAUAAUUCCCUCUUUUCAAAAGAAACACCUGUAUACUUGUUUUAUAUCCCUAUUUGAACAAUAAAUCUUGUCCCGUUUGUCUGUUUCCCCAUUUUGAACCAAAUUUAUUCAGCCACUGCACUUCGCAGAAUCUAUCAGUCUCUGCGCCACUCCUCCGCAAGGGUUAUGGUUUUCCAACGAGAGACAACUCGCUGUUUGCUGUGCCAAAGGUUCAGCUUUAGCCCCAUAAAGUUUUUACACAAAAAUAUAGUGGACAAAUAUUUUUUGUCACAUAAGCAUCUACUGACCAAUCACCUAAUUUGAAUACUCAUGAUAUGAGAAAUAAUGACACUUUUAAGAAUAGGGGGAGACCAAGAAAUGACAUGAAAUUUUAGAGAAUGAAAUAUUUUUGGCUGAAACAUUUUAAUUUUAAUUGAUAUAAAUAACUGACUGAGAUACCAAACAACAAUAAAAUACCCGAAAGCAAUAUGAUACAUUUGUAAAUCAGUAAGAAAUCUGGAUCUUAAUCUGUUUGUACUUUGCAAAGCUUCAUAUGGGAUGCAUGGAAAAUGAGGAGUUAUGAAAGUUUGUCAUAUAUCUCACCAAAGAACAUACAAUUUGAAUUUUGGAAACAGACAACGCUGAUCAGAGGUGCAUAACAGUUGACAUUCAAAUCAAAGAAAUAUUAUACCCAAGAAGAGCCACUACACACCUUUUUAUGUUUGUUUGUUUUUAACUUUAUUCAAAGUAUAAUGUUCAUAUUUCUGAUUUUGCAAACAAACUUGACAGGAAAACUUAAAUAGAUCAUUUCAAAGACUUUCUAGUAUCAGCUUUCAUGGUGAAGCUGAAUCUCUCUGAUUCUUUGCCAAAUCAAGCAAAAGAAUCUCUGUGAUUUGAAUAGAUGGUACAGCUUAAUUGAUCAAGUCCCAAACAUGUAGUUAGAUUACAUGGAUUUCUUUCACAUCUCCAAAAGUUUGGUGGACUUCAGCAAAUUGUAAUCUACUUCCAAUGAAAUCUCAAGAUAGAAUGACUGUUAAAAUCUGUCUCUUUGACUAUACGUGGAGUAUUAAAGAGCAAGAGAUCAAAGAAUGGAUUCGUUUUAUUAGUUCCUAGCAAUCAACUGUAUUUCAUUUAGAAUGUUGUUUUCCUGUCAUCUGAGUGUAAACUGAUUUGUAAUAACUUGACACUUGUUUUUAUAACUGGGAGGUGUGUGGGGGGGGGGGGGGUAAUUAUUUGUAUAUUUUACGUGUAUAUACUGAUAUGUUAUGUGUCUUGGAAUUAUGUCAUUUUAAAUGAUGGAGGGAGGGGGGGUAAUUGAUUGAAUCUUUCACAUGUACAUGCAUAUGAAACAGGACAUAGAAUGUAUCUUAUUUGAAAUGAUUAUUAUUAUUGUACAGAGUAUAUUUUUAACAUUAUUUCUAAGCUUCUUUCAAGUUUCAAGUCUUGACAACAUCAUACCAAUAAGUACAUCAUAUGGUUAUACACAGACAAGUUAAUAAAUGCACCUAGGACUCGCCUUUGACUUGUUAUUAUUUCCACUCUAUUGUACAGUCACAAACAUAAACAUAUUUUAUAUAUAUAUCUAUAUAUACAUGUAUAAAUUUUGUACAAAAUCAAUGGCUUUGAGAAAUGUACAAUUUACAUUUAGGGUAGAUUUGUUGAUUCUUGGAUGUAUUCUGGACAAUAACCAUCAUGGUAUAAAUAUGGUCAAGAACGUUCAAGAGUGAAUGCACAGAUUAUGAAUAUUUUGGAUUGUGUAGUCACAUCUCUCAUGUUGCAGCAAUAUUAACAAAACUGAUUCAAGAUUGCUAUUGCUAUUGUUGGAUUUACUGCUGUGUAACACUAUUUUUUGUCCUUAUCGCUAUUUUUUGUAUGACAGAUGGAAAGUUGUAUACACGUAGAGCACUUUCAUUUAACAGGUCUAUUUGUAAUACCAUUUUUAAUGUAAAUAAGUAAAUAAAUAAGUAAAAAAUA